GGCCCCGGCUCCGCCAGGGUCCCCGGGAAGGCGUGUCUCGGCCUGGCUCGAGCGCCGGCGGUUGCUAGGCACCCGCACAACCGCCGCCGUAAGACCCGAAGAGGCGGCGCCUGUCCCGAGGGAGGGAGCGGCCCGGCGAUACCGUUGUUUCAGCAAAAUAUCUGGUGGAGUUCCUGGAGCCAUGGCUAGCGCUGACAUCAAACCAAAAUCUAUAAGUCGUGCCAAAAAAUGGUCAGAUGAGAUAGAGAAUCUAUACAGAUUUCAGCAAGCUGGAUACAGGGAUGAAAUUGAAUAUAAACAAGUGAAGCAAGUUGAUAUGGUGGAUCGUUGGCCAGAAACAGGAUUUGUGAAGAAACUUCAGAGAAGGGACAAUACUUUCUAUUAUUACAACAAGCAAAGAGAAUGUGAAGACAAAGAAGUCCAUAAAGUGAAAGUUUAUGUGUAUUAAUUUUGUUAAUCCCAACUACACUGUUUUGUUUUUGUUUGUUGUAAGUAUGUUGCUUUAAUCUAUUUGAUGUUUAUAAAAUGUAAGGAAUUAAA